GUUCUUCAUUGGAUGCUGUUAGCUCGUCGUUCUUCAUUGGAUGCUGUUAGCUCGUCAUUCUUUGUUAGAGCUCUACAAGCUCGUAAAUCUUUGUUUGAGCUAUGUCAACUCGUAAUUCUUUAUUGGAGCCUUAUAAGCUCGUCACUCUUCAUUGGAGCUUUAUGAGCUCGUCGUUCUUCAUCAAAGCUCUCUCAACUCAUCAUUCUUCAUUAGAGCUUGCGAGCUCGUCGUUCUUCAUUAGAGCUCUUUUAACUCGUCAUUCUUCAUCGGAGCUUUGUGAGCUCAUCAUUCUUCAUCGGAGCUUUGCGAGCUCAGCUCUGUCAACUCAUCAUUCUUUAUUGGAGCUUUAUGAGUUCAUCACUCUUCAUUGCAUCAAAGCUCUCUUAGCUCAUCAUUCUUCAUUAGAGCUUGCGAGCUCGUCGUUUUUCAUUAGAGCUCUUUCAGCUCGUCAUUCUUCAUCGGAGCUCUACGAGCUCGUCAUGCUUUGUUGGAGCUUUUUCAGCUCAUCUUUCCUCAUCGGAGAUUUCUCGUCAUGCUUUGUUGGAGCUCUUUCAGCUUGUCUUUCUUCAUCGGAGCUUUGUGAGCUCAUCAGUCUCUAUUGGAGCUUUGUCAGCCCAUCAUGCUUUGUUGGAGCUUCGUCAGCUCGUCAUUCUCUGUUGGAGCUCUGCCAGCUCGUCAUGCUUUGUUGGAGCUUGUCAGCUCAUCAUGCAGGGAGCUCACCAAAUGGAGAUUUGGAUCUUUCUCGGCCUACUCAUUUAUUGACGAGGUCUUGGGGCAAGCUCAAGGAAAACACUAAUGUAAGAGCUCACCAAAUGGAGAUUUGGAUCUUGCUCGGCCCUGCUCAUCUAUUGACGAGAGGAGCUUCUGACUUUUUGAUAGUGUAUAGGGAGCUUUGUGAGCUCAUCAUUCUUCAUUGGAGUUCUGUGGACUCAUCAUUCUAUGUUGGAGCUUUGUCAGCUCGUCAUGCUUUGUUGGAGCUUUGUCAGCUCGUCAUGCUCUGUUGGAGCUUUUUCAGCUCGUCAUGCUCUGUUGGAGCUUUUUCAGCUCGUCAUGCUUUGUUGGAGCUUUUUCAGCUCGUCAUGCUUUGUUGGAGCUUUUUCAGCUCGUCAUGCUUUGUUGGAGCUUUUUCAGCUCGUCAUGCUCUGUUGGAGCUUUGUUAGCUCGUCAUUCUUUGUUGGAGCUUUGUCAGCUCAUCAAUCUCUGUUGGAGCUUUUUCAGCUCAUCAUUCUCUGUUGGAGCUUUUUCAGCUCGUCAUUCUCUGUUGGAGCUUUGUCAGCUCGUCAAUCUCUGUUGGAGUUUUUCCAACUCAUCAUGCUUUGUUGGAGCUUUGUCAGCUCGUCAUGCUUUUGCAAACUUUGCAACUCGCGCUGCAGUAGGGAUUUUACAACUUGUAGAGAUUUUCAUACUGGCAAGCUGCCUGGUCAGAGACUCAUCUCUUGGAUUCUGCAACUCAAGAGAAUAAGCCACGUGCCUUUCA